CUGGAAUUGAUUAUUUAUUUAUUGAUUAUUAUAAAUACUUAAUUUGUAUUCAUUGGUCCAAGGGGAGGAGGAAAUAAAUACAGUCGACGUUGUGGUGGUUAUGGCGUGAAACUAUGAGAUUUUGGUUGGUUGGGGUCCCGCACCAGCGUGCUCUGCACUUCAGGAUAUCAUAACGAACCCGUGUCCAAUCGAAUGGGACUGGGUGAACAACAUGUGUGUUACGAUAAUUAAGAAUACUACGUUUCCUCCAAAAUGUCCGUACGAAGAGCAGGUCGAUUUCGAAGAUUAUGUUAAUCUAAAUCUAACAGAAGAUUCUAUUUGGAUGCCUCUACGGAGAUACGACGAGUCCGGAGGGAUAGGAUUGAUAAGGUGGUCGGAGCUAAACUCGAAUUAUAAAACAUCGUACACGAUUUGCACUACGACGUGCCGAAAAUAUUUCUUUACUGGAUCGCUUCUAGACAAAAACUGUCUACUGUAUCACAACGUCACCCACACAGAAGCGGUACGAUGCGAUUCUCAGCAUACAGCCGUUUGCGCUUAUCACUCUCUGGAUAAGAAGACAAACAGUUACUGUUCGCAAUCUUUCAAGAAAAACGUGUGCGUGCAAAGUGAUUAUUCUACAAGAUCCCGUUGUUUUUGUCGCAGCGGUAAAAAUUCACCCUCCGGAAGUACCGGGGCCAAACUUUUUCAACCUUACCAGAACCUACUUUCUGUAAUUUCGAGCGAAACGUGUAACUUUGGUCUAGAGAAGGUAGACAAUCAUUUUGCCUGGUCGGCAAACACGCCCAUCAAUUAUACCAACUGGAACGGUGAAGAUAAAAUUGAUUUUUCAUAUACGUACGGCGUCAUAAAUGAAGCUGGGUGGAAUUUGGCCGCGACAUCAUCUGAACAUCAGUGCGAAGUAUACGAAAUUGACGUUCCCUAUAAAAUCGCGAGCCUGAGCCUGACUUAUCACACUGACAUAAAACUCUUUCAACUGGGGAUCACUAAUCUUUCUAGCUGGUACCUCGGCCCUGAUGGCACGCCACUAAUUUUCUGCUUCACUAACGCCGAUGCCACUAGUAUAAGCUAUAGAAUCGCUGACUUCAACAAAAGCAUCGACAAAGAGCUUGAAGAGUACGCCGUUUACACUUUCCCGUCUUUGGAUAUAUCCGAGUCCGGGCCAGGAAUGUAUUGGUGCGAAGGAUUUCUGUAUCCCGAUUUGGAAGUUACGGCUACAGAAAAAUAUCUUCUGAAGAAUAAAUCCUUCAGUGGAGAGUACGUGGCACUGUUACAGUUGGAGAACUACGCAGACACCUUGGGAGUGAAUCCGUUGACCGAGAGCAAUUUGGUACUUCUGCAGACCUUGCUGAAGAAUGAACUCCUUCAAAGUACCUAUUUUUAUCCGAGGAUAUUCAAAAUUGUAGAUAUAGAUGAAGAUCAAGGACGGAUCACGGUAAACUUUCACUUAUCUUCUUCGGAAUCUUUAAAUAGCCGAGACGAAUACAACGAAUUAAAGUCGAUAGUUCGAUCUCAGAAGGCUUUUCAGUUUGGAGAGUUCUUCAGCACCGAUUAUUGUUAUGAGCACUGGGUCGUCGUAGGUGAGAUGAACCUGACUUGGCCAACUACUCCACUAGGAGAAAGCAAUCAUCCGAAAAAUGCUUAUUGCGUAAAAGCCGAAGGGAUUCUCAGCAAAAGGAGUUGCUUCGGCGGUUUCGUGGACGGCGCAAUGUGGUCCAAACUUGAUCCCGAAUGUGUAUUUUACCCGGCUAGUAAUAUGACGAACGCGCUUGUGAACAUAUCAAACCAACAGCAGGAUUUUUCUCAAUAUUUACAACAGGUGAUGAUAAUUACCGAAGAUUACUUACAUUUAUCUUCGCUAGACGUUUUGCUAGUUGCUGAGUAUUUGGGAAAAUUUGGCAAAAUCGAGCCAGAUCUCGAGAUGUUCGCUAAAAUUGUAAGCAACUUGUUAAAAGUGCCGCGAGAAGUUUUGGCGAGCGCCCAAUUUAGAUUUAAAGCUACCGACAAAGUACUGCAGCAUAUAGAUAAUAUUUUGACGAGUUAUGAAGCAACGAACUGGUUCAUAUCAUACGAAAACUUCGCUAUUAAAUCGGUAAGCCUGAAAGACGUCGACUUCUUUGGGGUUCUGGUGCACGACUGCGACGGCUCUUCGGAUUGUAGUGUUAAGGACCUGACCGAAGCUUCCAGUGAUUUUAAUAACACCGUAUAUGCAUCCGUUACUAUGUCUGAUGAACUACUGGCGCAAUUAACUGAUCGAGAUGACUCGAAGAUAGUGAUGGCAUUUUAUUACACUUCGGCGUUUUUCAACGAGCCGAUAAACAUUAAAAAUUCGAGUGUUAUAUUUGGAAUACUUCUUCCUGGGUUUUCAGACCCUUUCGACGGCCCACUGACCAUCAAUUUUAACGUCGAUCGAUCCACAAAUCAACACAACUGUUCUUACUGGAAAUUUGGCUUCUCCAACUUCAGCGGAUGGGAGUUGGACAAUACCCUUUCCGAAAACGGCAUCACUUCGUGCCACUUUUGGCAUCUUACUAACUUGGCCGUUAUAACAGGCGCAAGUAUGAAUAAAUUGUCAUCAACCCCCUCUUGGGCAGAAAAUCAGGAUUUAGUUCCGUUCUUGUCGAUCGUUGAGAAAGUGUUGCAAGUGCCCAAUGCUUCGAUGGUUGAAUUCCGAAGCAACAACAGCUUCGAUGGUUUAUUAGGAAACAAAUACUUUCUUUUUAACCACGACAGUGAACCGAUAGGACAGUUUGAGUACAUAAUUUUUCAAGGCACGAUGCCCACGCUUUUGUUAAAUCAGGACUCGUUAUUUUACUUCCCUAGUGACAAUAAAGACGAUAACAUGCUGAUUAUAAAGUACGACGAUGAUUUGCUCACCGGAGUGCUUAAAAACUCCUCCCAUUAUAACUCAACCUCGUGUCGAAAACGUGAAGAAUUCGUGAAGUCUAUUUCUUGUCUUUACAACCAAAUCACCGGGUAUCAUCCGCAACAAUUGCGCACUUCUUACACGGAAGUAAAGGAAAUUAAUGCCACUCAGCUCUUCCCUGCUAUGACUGCAACUACAUCAAUUACUUCCCAAUUGGAAGGCAUCCUCAGCACCGAUAACAACGACCUCAAACUGCAACAACUCGAUACCCUCAUGGCGACUUACGUUACUAUUAUCCAGCCAUAUGACGUGGAAGUGAUCGCCAAAAUAUUUCAAACUUUAAGCAUCGAGGAUGGUCCUAGCUUAGAGAAGAUGGCUCACAUCUUGAACAAGCUCAUGUACUUGCCCGUGGAACCAUUUGCAGAAGCACAGCGCGUAAACCGAUCAACAGAUAAAAUACUUAAAAGUAUCGCGGACACUUUAAAGGGUUUCAAUGGAACCAUCAACAUUGAACAGGAGAAUUUUGGUCUUAUAAUAUCGUCACUCAAAGAGAACGCGAACUUUCAUGGUGUCUGCGUAAAAAAUUUCGACGGCCGGAAUAUGGCGAUGUCCUUGGAUAACGCUGAAAAUUAUUGCUCGGACGAAGAGCAUUUCGUUCUGAGCAUUGUCUUAAGUGACGAACUCCUAGAAGACAUCGGAACCUAUAAUAUUGUAGUCAUGGUUUACUACGACAAUCACUUUUUCCAGACGGCAGAUACCGAGAUGGUAGCAAAAGAAAUCGUGGAAGUAUUGCUUCCCAGUUUAGACCAUGAUUUCAAAGGGAAUUUUUCGCUUAUAUUUAACCACCCGGGUAGUGCCAGCUGUUCCUCUUGGAACUACUCGACUGAACUUAGUUUGCCUGGGUAUUGGAACAGAGAAUUUUCUUCCGUGAUAGAUGGCAAUGUCACCGCAUGCACUUUUAACCACACGACGCAUUUUGCGUUGGUUAAAAUGAUCACUAACAUCACCACCAAUCUGGAGAACAUUCUGAAUUCGGACAUGUGGGCGGAGCAAAAGCUUCAACUGGUCUAUAAUAUGAGCAAAGUCAAAUUUAAUGAUUUCGUUCCGGUGGAUAUUUAUUUGAUAUCGAAGAUAUUGCUGGACGCUCUGUAUAACAACUACGUUAACUCGGAUUUGAUGUCGGGGAUUAUCAGUAGCAUUUCUGAUACUCCGAGAACUGUGUUGGAGAACUCGCAAAACGAAUUCAAUGCUACGGACCUGCUCCUGCAUGCCAUAGAAGAGAUCGCCAAGCAACUCGAUGAAACCUGGGUCACCGACGAAGAUAACUUCGCCAUAAUCGUCACCGAUCUGAACCGAUCCGAUUUAACAGGAAUCUACCUCGAAGACUGCGAAACGUCAAUAUGCACAGUCAAACCGAUAACUCAGCAAAACGACUUAAACUACACCGCAAAUGAUUCCGUCGCAGCUGCGGUCAUAUUCGGUGCGCCUCUGAUCGAGCAAAUUCGACUGAUGGAGAAUAACAAAGUGAUCAUUUCGAUUUUCUACAGCGACGCUUUAUUCAAUGAGAUCGACUCCAGCAGGACAACGAAGAGCAUAUUCGGAAUCCAAUUGCCCGGAGUAAACGACUCGCUUCAAGACUCGAUUUCGAUCAUGUUUAAUGUAGGUUUAGACGCCGACGACGCUGACAACUGCGCUUAUUGGAACUACAACGUCGCAACAUCCGAACAAGGUCGCUGGACCCAGGACGGAUUACGGGAACGUCUCCAUAUGAUGACCAUAUGCAAAUUCUCCCACGUCACUCACUUUGCGCUGCUCUUGGCCGAGUAUGAAACCGCACCUGACCACGACUCCACCCUAAGUAUGAUAACCAACAUCAACUGCACCCUGUCCCUGCUGGGUAUCAUAGGGAUCCUAUUGACGGGUCUGUUUUUUAAAAAGUGGCGUCAAAAUACCGGCAACAAAAUCCUCGUCAACUUUUCGUUCGCCACGGCCUUGAAAAUUUUGAUGCUUUACAUAAGUGACGCAGUUUACGAUUCCAACCCUUCCGGGACACCGUGUACUAUCACGGGGAUGGUUUUACACUACGCGCUUUUAUCCGAAUGUUGCUGGAUGAUGACGAUCGCUAUAUUGCAGUUUAAGAGAUUCGUCGAAGUGCUGGGUGGUCCCCCGAAGUAUGUCCUGCUUAAGGCUUUGAUUUGUGGCUGGGUGUUCCCCUGCAUACCCAUUCUCUGCGUGUUCCUUAUAGAUCCGAAUAAUUACGAAGACGGAGGCGCGGGUCUGUGUUACCCGUCAAAGUUGGGACUUUAUUUGGGCGUGUGGUUACCGGUUUCAAUAAUCCUCGCCCUAAACAGUAUCAUUUUCGUGUUUAUAAUGUAUAACGUAUUCCACAAGAAGUCCGAAUACGUGGAAACGUCCAACAACGAUAUACUGUUUCAGUUGCGUUUGGCUCUGCUCCUGUUUUUCAUUUUGGGAUUAACCUGGAUAUUCGGGUUCGUUUCCCAAAUUAAGGGCGACAUUGUGUUCGUCUAUCUGUUCUGUUUCACCGCGACUCUGCAAGGGUUUAUCAUGUUUGUGUUUUUCAUCGUGUUCAAUAAGACGACGCGGUUUAUGUAUUCGCAAGCAGUCAGGCAAUGGUUCUACGACAAAGGCAUAUUUAAAGUUAAGCACAAGCGUUCCAAGCACUGAUACGUAGAUAUGCCUUAUUCUAAUAAAUAGUGCACUCUGAUAUAUUUUUUUUUUACCUCAACGUUUAUCGGCAAGGAAUACUUAGCUGUAAUCGUAUAUUUCCUAACAAGUGCGAAAAGUGAACUUAAAGGAAAGGAAAGGAAAUUUAAAGAUCAUAAUGAACUCGUAAGAUGAACUAUAAAUUUUGGGAACUUUCGGUUACGUCUUUUUCUUUCUAGAAAUUGAUAGUUUUCAAAAU